AUGGCAGAUUUUGAGACACUGGUGAGGCAGGCUGAGACCCUAGGACUCUCAGGUGAUGCGCUGUCCGAUUAUGUGAGUAAACAGCAAAACGUUUACAGGGAAGAAAGAGCUAAAGAGCGUGAGUUGCAAAAGUUACAAAUAGAAGCUGAAAAUCAGAAGGUACGUCUCGCUCAUGAACUUGAAAUGACGAAAAUCCAGGCUAAUAAUAAUGCCUCCAUCACUCCAGUGUUUAGUGGUGAUACUGUGAGACCUAGCUUACCUGUGUUUCAUGAUAGUGAAGAUAUUUCGUUGUAUUUGAUAAGGUUUGAAAGAGUGGCUGAUCUUUUGAAUAUAAAGAAAGAAAGUUAUGCCGUGAGGUUAGGCAGCCUUUUGACAGGGAAGGCAGUAGAUGUGUAUACAAGUUUAUCACCUGAAAUAACUAAAGAUUAUGAGCUAUUAAAGAAAUGUCUUCUUGAUAGUUUUGCUAAGACUCCAGAUGGGUACAGAGUGGACUUCCGCUCUGCUAAAAUUAAACCAGGUGAAACAUUUAAGCAAUUUGUAAUUAAGUUAGGACGGAUGUUCGAUUUAUGGGUGGAUGCCAGUAACGUAGAGAAAUCUUAUGAAAAUUUACGUUCUUUUAUGAUAUUAGACCAGCUAAAGUCUUGCGUUUCCCCAGAUAUCCGUAUGUUUCUGAAAGAGAACAGCGCCUCUACUCUUGAUGAAGCUGCGAGGUUUGCAGACACUUGGGCUUCCGCUCAUGGAUCUUACCCGAAAUCGAACACCUGUCUCCACAGAGGUAAGAGGAUGGUUCAGACCAAACCGUUGGUUCCAGAGGAAGCUGAGGUGAAAGCUCCGCGACCUAAAGUAACAUGUCAUGGUUGUGGUGAAGUCGGGCACAUCAAACCACGUUGCCCUAAAAACCCUUUUGCUUUCAAGCAACAAUCUAAUUAUACCGUCAACUUUUCUUUUGAUGACAACUCGCCUCGUAAAUUCUUAACUUCUGGCACCAUCAAUGGUUCUUGGGUUUCAACUAUCCUCCGAGAUUCCGGUUGUUCUUGCGUUAUUGUUGCUGAACAGUUACUCCCGGAUGUUGAUCUGGCAACAUGUCAGUGGACUAGAGUUUUCGAUUAUCUUGGGCGUACAGACACUUUCCCUCUAGUCAAAUGUUUCAUUCGAUGCCCAUAUUAUGUUGGAUGGGUUAAAGCUGUAAGGGCGCCAAUCAAAUUUUGCUCUGUAUUAAUUGGGAAUAUUCCAGGUGUAAGAGAUCAUAAUGACCCUGAUGCUAUUAAUAGCAAAUCUACCAUCAGUUCAGCUGUGUCUGACCAUAUUGAGACUAUACCACGUACUGUAUCUGUUGCAAGAACGAAUAAUGUUACUGAUGAAUAUGUUCAAGCAGUUGAAACUAGGUCAGGUAAAAUUAAGAGGGUUCAUCCACUCGUAUUACCGAAGUUAGAACCUCUCAAUAUCACACCUUCUGAAUUCGUCAAACUCCAGUUAUCUUGUCCAUCUUUGUCAGGUAUCAGGUGCAAGGCUAAUGCUGGGGAAACGGAAAACAUGCGCGAUGGAUCAUUGUAUAAAUAUGAGGUUAUGAAUGGAUUGAUCUACCGUUCCUGUGUGAAUUCCAGAUUCCGUGAAAGGGUUGGUAAAUCUUCUCUGGUUGUACCUGCGGAUUGCCGGAAGAUAAUUCUCAGUCUGGCACAUGAAAGUCCACUUGCAGGCCAUUUCUCACACCGUAAGACAGAAAUUAAGGUAAGGGAACAAUUUUAUUGGCCUGGAAUGGGCGCUGAUAUCAAAGACUACUGUAGAUCUUGUGAGAAGUGCCAGAGAAUGUCCAGUAAAGGCAGGAUAAAGCCAGCCCCAUUGCAGCCAAUACCUAUUGUGACUGAACCUUUUUCUCGCGUCGCGAUUGACAUUGUGGGACCAUUAACUCCUGCGUCUUCCCAGGGUCAUAAAUACAUCUUAACGUUAAUAGAUUUUGCCACCGGGUUCCCUGAUGCUCUUCCGUUGAAAGACAUUGAUUCAGUGUCUGUAGCUGAGGCUUUACUAGUGAUUUUCUCUCGAGUAGGCAUUCCUAGGGAGAUACUCUCAGACAGAGGCACACAGUUUACUUCCAAAUUAAUGGGUGAACUCCACAAGUUACUCGGUAUAAAGCCCCUUUUCACAACUCCUUAUCACCCGAGUUGUAAUGGUAGGAUAGAGAGAUUCCAUAGUACACUGAAGGCUUCCUUAAGAAAGUUGUGUAUAGAAAAACCGAAGGAGUGGCAUCGUUAUCUCAUACCUACUCUUUUUGCAUUGAGGGAAAUUCCGAGCGACCGUACGGCGUUUUCUCCUUUUGAACUACUUUAUGGUCGUACCGUGAGGGGGCCACUAUCAGUCCUGAGAGAUUUAUGGGAAAAUCCUAAUGUAAAUGAGGACCAGCGUUCUACGUAUCAGUAUGUUAUCGAGUUGAAAGAUAAAUUAGCUGACUGUGCCAAAAUUGCUGCUCAGAAUGCCGACAUUAGUUCAUCUAGAUAUCGGUCAUAUUUCGAUUUAAAGUCACAGAAGAGACACUUUAAGAAAGGUGAUGAAGUCUUAGUUUUACUUCCUGAUCAUACAAACAAAUUAUUGAUGGCCUGGAGGGGUCCAUUCCCUGUUCUUGAACAAAAGAACAAAGUAAAUUACUUAAUUGAUGAGAAUGGCACUCAUAAGCUUUAUCAUGUUAACUUACUUAAGAAAUAUUACCGUAGAAGCAAUGUAAGUAGAACACAUGCGUUAGAUGAAGUAACUGACGUUGUAAAUAAUGCUCUUGAACCUUUCCAGACAGUCCAUAUGUGCUUAGUGGAAGAUGAUUCUGGUGGAAUAGAUGAACUACCUCUGACUACAGAUGGUAAAGUAGAAUCCGAUAAAAGUUCCAACUUGAAUUAUCCAAAUUUAUCUCCGGAUCUGAGUCCCCUGCAGAAAGCAGAAAUUCAAACUUUAAUUGAUUCUUGUGCAGAUAUAUUUUCUGAUAUACCAGGGUGCACUUCACUGAUUAAACAUAAUAUUGAACUAACUUCCACUGAGAUUAUAAGAGCUAAAAGAUAUCCGAUCCCCGUUCAUCUCCAGUCUCACUUCAGAAAAGAAGUAGAUAAAUUAUAUGAACAAGGCAUUAUAAGACUGUCUUCUUCACCCUAUUGCUCCCCAGUAGUAAUGGUUAAAAAAGCAGAUGGGACAUACCGUAUGGCUAUUGAUUUUCGUGCAAUUAAUUCGAUCACUGUAUUUCACGCUGAACCAUCUUGCACUGUGGAGGAAGAAUUGUUUAAGUUUGCAGGAGCACGAUACUUUUCAGAAAUAGAUUUGACGAAAGCAUAUUAUCAGAUUCCACUUUCAGAAAAUGCCAUGCCUUUAACAUCUUUUCCUACCCACAGAGGCCUGAUGGAAUUCACGAGACUCCCGUUUGGUUUAGUGACAGCAGGCGCUACAUAUAUCCGACUCAUGAGAUUGGUAUUAUCUGGCCUGAGUAACAUUGCUUUUUAUUUUGACAAUAUUUUUAUAUAUGGUAAUACAUGGAAAGACCAUAUGAAAGCCUUAGUUAAUGUCCUAGAACGUUUAAGAAAGUACAACUUGACAGCCAGAUUGUCAAAAUGUAGAUUUGGUUUUCCUUCAGUUGAAUAUUUGGGAUUUAUUGUUGAUGGCCAGAAUUUAAAACCUCAGUACAACAAGAUUGAAGCACUGCUUAAGGUACCCUUACCUAUGACUAAGAAAUCUUUGAGGAAAUUUCUCGGGAUGAUUUCGUUUUAUAGAUUGUUCAUACCUAAUGUUUCAAACCUCACAAGUCCCCUAUCAGAUAUGCUCAGAAAGAAUGUUCGAGAACCCUUGGUUUGGAGUAAUGAGAAUGAAAGCAAAUUUGAACAGCUUAAGCAAUAUAUGACCACUAACCCCAUCUUGAAAUUACCGGAUAUUAAUCUUCCCUUUGCCCUCAGGACUGAUGCAUCUAACUAUGGUGUUGGUGCGGUGUUACUGCAGUAUGUUGAUGAUAUUCCUUACCCCGUGGCAUACGCAAGCAGGAAACUAAUGCUGACCUUGAACGGGAAAAUCUUACCUGAAAUUAUAUUGUGUUGCCCAACAAGUGAACAACUACACAAAAUACAAGCACACGUGUACAGGAAUUUCCACAAUGUAAUUUCCAUAUACCUGCACCGUGUGAUUAAAACGUCCUCCGCAUACGUUAUAACAGACACAAUCGAGCCUAUGUUUAUGGACAAGGGCAUUCUCAUCAGGUUAACUUAG